AUGGCAAACCAAAUUCCGAAGCGCGCGAGCAAAGAGUGGGAUAAAGUGAGUGUGAAUAGUGCAGUGCAAUGGUGUUGUUAUUUGAUUGUUCUGGCGCUAUGUGGUUAUGGUUUAUACCGCCAGCAUCGCUUGGAGCAGCGUCUUUCGCUGCUCGAGGAGAAGCAUAGGGGGUUAAGAAGAACGGUGCUCGAGAUGGAGCCAAUGGAGAAGGUAAAGGAGAACGACAUCGUGAAGAGGGAGAAGAGAGAUGUUAACGACUGCGUCUGUCCACCAGGUAGGGAAUUUUCUGCCAAUCAUUGA